ACAGGUUAGGGUUUUAGUUAGCGCUGCGCCAUCGUCGCGGCGCUGGGCUGGUAUGGAUGGAAUCUCGCGCGUGCUGGUGGUAAGUACGUCGAUUCCUUUCCAAUGCCAGGCCCCGCGUUGAAUCGGCGCGCCUGGAAAUCCCUCGCUACCACUGGUGCCACUGGCGAUUUCCUCUGAUUUCCAUUGACGAAAUCCAGCAGUGUCAUUGACGAUCAGUCCCCCAAUUGUGGGAGAAAUCGCGCGAAAAACUCUCCGCUAUGCUUCUUCUUCCUUCCAAUUCUGGCCUGGGCUUCUUCUCCUCUUUCUUUCGCGAAAGAAAUUGUUUCCAUAACCGACUGGGCUUAGUUUUUGGCUGAUAACUGUCGUGCUGGGCGAUUUCUUCCUCUCUUUUUUCUUCUCUUCUUCCUCUUUGCGUGAGUUCCAGCAUGAGAUGACCAUCCUCUGGAACUGGCUCUUUGUCGAAUUCUUGCUCGAGCUUGUCCAGGGAAGAGUUCUAGUCAUGUUUUCGCGGAGGUGUGUCAAGAAGGUGGAGAAUGUGGAGGAUUCCAGGCAGCUGGGCUUCCUGGAUCUGCCAGAGCUCGUCAUGGAAGGCAUCCUCACUCGCCUCCCCGCGGUGGCGCUGUGCCAAAUGGCUGGAGUGUGCAGGGAAUUGCGGAAGAAGUGCCGGAGCAACCAUCUCUGGGAAGCUCUCGUCUACGAGAAAUGGGGGAAAGUCACUGGCAGGCUGGCUUUCGCGGAGUGGCAACUCGGCCUGGCCGCGAGAGAGGAGUGUGGAAGCGAGCCUUGCUCUCGUUCCUCGGGGAUUUGGCUGUGGCCGCUCUCGUGCAUUCUACCGGUGUCGUGGAUGAAUCCACAGGCGCAGCGGCGGAGCAAAGCGGCAGUGGGCGAGAAUUCGCUCAUGGCGUGGUACUGGGAUCUGGAAACCGGGCGAUUUCGCUUCCCAGCUCAGGUCUACAACCGAGAGAACGGUCACGUCGGAUUCAUGCUUUCGUGCUACGAUGCCGAGGUGAGCUACAACAGCGCCACUGACGCGUUCCUCGCAAGCUUCAGCUAUCCUCCACACGGCCCGCGCACCAGUGUCUACGAGGAGGACGUUCCCUGGGAACGAGUCCGAGCUCCUCCAGUGGACACGGCCGCUCACGAGCUCCACGCCUCGGACUGCCUCCACGAUCUGCGACCGGGGGAUCACAUCGAGGUCCAGUGGAGACGCAACAGAGACUUUCCAUAUGGAUGGUGGUAUGGAAUCGUUGGCCACACGGACUUGUGCCCGAGAAACCACCAGUGCCAGUGUCACCUUCACGAGAUUGUCUGGUUGGAAUUCAAUCAAUACACGCUCGGAUCGAGAUGGCGCAAGGCUCCUAUCAACAGAGCCAAUCACUGCGAAGAAGGCAACGAAGGUGAGGGCUUCUAUGGUGGCGUACGAAAGCUGCGCACAAAGGAGGAGAUUUCUAUCUGGACCAAACUCUGGCCAAGCGAGAAACUCGAGUAGAAAAAAGGAAGAGUCAAUCAAAACCAUUCUACUCUAGCAGGAAUAACAGUGUACAGAUUGGAGGGGGAGAGAUGUAUUCAUACGUAUGUGUAAUGCGACAAAAGGCCGCAUUGGUGGACU